ACACUAUGAACCACGGCCACGCACGCGACGAGGUGAGUUGCGAUCUGCCUUCCUUCCCCUUCUCUCUACCUCUCUUUCCUCUCUCUCAUCCUCUCUCUCAUCCUCUCUCUCAUCCUCUCUCUCUCCUCUCCUUCCGGCACCCUCUCCUCUCUCUUUGUCUCGUGAUCGCGUCUCGUUGUCCGGGGUGUGCUCGUCGCAGCUGUGUGCACGGCGAGAUCCAUUCCUUUCCUUCCCGGGUAGCAGCACUUUGCUCCCAUGCACAUUCUCCAAACGCUUGGGCCUGCGCUGGACUCGACUGCAGCAUGGGCCUCGAGCAGUCGUGGACGAGUGCAUUCCUUCUAUCCCCUCUGUUUGAAGCGAGGCUGUAUGGCAUUCGCUCUCUACUUUCGGCUGCCAUGUCGUAUGACACCUCGACGGUGCCGACGGCCGACGGCCGCGAGCCGCAAGGGGCGCUUGUUGCUAAAGCACGUGCAGAAACGUGUUUAGCUUGAGCGGGCGUGAGCCAUGAGCGAGGCCGAGGAGGGAUGUGGGCAUGGUGUUGGAUUGUUUUUGUCCAACGCGGUCGACGGCUUGCACGAGCAGGUGACCAGGUCGGCGGUGACGUCUGGGUGUGGGGGAUUUGGGUGGGU